ACGCGAAACACAAAGCCAAGUGGGUUUGAGAUUAGAUCUUUAAAGCCAAAGUAAGCAUCUACUGAUAUGGCAAUCGUACGUUUAAUAAAUGCUUCCCUAUUGUUACUACUGGUUAACACACUCGUAACUUCAUCUCCGAUGUUUGCUGUUUUAAAAACCCACGGAUUAGAGAGGGAACACAGGAUAUGUAAUUCCAGAAGUUUUCAGUUCUUUCUACGAAUAAUCUGCUCACAACACGUGUAUAUUGAGAAGCCAACAGCCAAGUUAGAUCAAGAUUCAAAUUUCAUAGAAAACAAAAGCGCACACAAAUUCUUAAAGACACGACAUUCGACUCCAUAUCAAUCGACUGACCAAAACUACAUCGACGAAUGUUGUAAUCAUAAAAAGUUUGGCUGUAACGUACAUGAAAUACAUGGCUACUGUGACUCCAUUCUUUUCUACAAGAAAUAGACGCAAAAGAGAUACGAUUAGUGGCACAGGGAAAUGUUAUGUUUAAGCUAGUCUGGCUCAAGAUGGAAAGAAAUCCAGAACAUAUCGAUCAUGCCAAAUUCAUGUUUACGAACGACAUUGGGCAAACGACCCCACAGACUUUUCUGCAUUAAUAUCCUGCUUAUUUUAGCUACAUGAAUAGAGAAAUAUGCGAUAAUAAACCAAUAUUGACAGAUAACUAAUAUAUAAUAUAAAAAUGGAUUAUAAUAUAGUUUUUUUUUUUAGAUAUUACAGAUUUAUUUAUUGUUGUUGUUUUGUUUAAACGUUGUUGUUUAUUUACACAAGAGACGAAAAAUACAUA